AUGCGCCUCUUUUCGACGCUACUAUACCUGCUUCUAGCACUGGUCAUAUUGGUUACUGCCGCAGACCCGACGACGACCGAAACGACCGAAGCUUCGACGACUGCAGCCGCGACAACCGAGAGUGACACCACAGCGACGUCAAAGGAAAGCAGUGCAACAUCGGCCGCAGCGGAAACCACAACCACGGAUGCCGCGACCACGACCGACAAGGCGUCGACCGCUGACGAUGCUUCGACGACGACGACGGGGGCGUCAGCCUCCAAGACUUCCGCAAGCCACCUGUCAGAUCUUCCCGAUCUUCCCGGCAACCUCUUCCCUACAGUCGGCGUGCCCGACCUGUCGCAGGCGCCCUUUAUGCAAAAGUCGACGUAUCCGCAGGGCACCGUCUUCAUCUGCGUGGGCGCAAUCCUCGGCUUCCUGCUGGCAUGCACCAUGGCCUGGCGCGGGCUGAUCGCAUACAGCCUGCACCGCAGCGUCAAGCGGGCGGCCAUGGCGCAGAGCAUUGCGGACAACAAAGCGAUGGCGCGGGGCCCCGGCGGGGGGAUGUACGGGCCGGGACCAGAGAGCAAGCUCGGGUACGGCGGGAGCACGCUGUCGCUGGGCGAGAUGCGCACGCCAGCGGCACCGGCCAACAACAAGUCGUCGCCGCUGGAGCGGACGCGGCAGCUGGGCCCCAGCGCGUCGUCGCUGUUUUUCAGCCCGACGGCCGACAUGAGCCGCAUGUCGCACUACAGCAACGCGUCCAACAACAACCGCUCGUCGUCGUAUCUGCCCUCGGGCUACUACGCCGCCACCGCCGCGCCUGGCACCCUCUCCCCCGCCACGCCUGCCGGCCGCACCCGCAACAGCUACUUUGCCCCCUCGCCGCCCGACAGCCCCAAUCUCCCGCCCAGCAGCCGCGACGGGCCCCUCCAGACGCCGCACAGCCCGCUCGGCCCUUACGGCCAUGGCCAUGGCUUCCCGGCUCCGCGGCCCACGCACAGCCGCGGCACCGACAGCGCCGCCGGCGCCUACCGCAGCACCAGCGAGCUCAACCUGAGCGCGCCACCCCAGCAGGGGGGCCGCACGCCCAGCGCCUACCUCGACGACCUGUUCGACGAGCACGGCCACGUCGGCGACGUGCCGGCCGCGCAGGACAGCCCGGGGCGUCGGCGCCGCUACUGA